CCCCCAGACUCAACCCUACAGAAGAAUGCCUACAGGAAAUGCUUCUCUUGUGCCUGAAUUCAUUCUGAUGGGAUUAACAGACCAACCAGCUCUCCAACUCCCUUUAUUCUUCCUGUUUCUAGUAAUGUAUAUGGUCACUGUGUUGGGAAACUUGGGCUUGAUAACACUGAUUGCGCUGACUUCUCACCUUCACACCCCCAUGUACUUUUUCCUCUUUAACUUGUCCUUCAUAGACCUCUGUUAUUCUUCUGCGUUUACACUGAAAAUGCUAAUGAACUUCAUAUCUGAAAAGAAUAUUAUCUCUUACACUUGGUGCAUGACCCAGCUCUACUUUUUCCUUUUUUUUGGCACUUCUGAAUGCUGUGUGUUGACAUCAAUGGCCUAUGAUCGCUACGUGGCCAUCUGUAAUCCACUUUUGUAUAAUAUUGCCAUGUCCCCUGAAGUAUGUUUCAACCUUCUUUUUGGUUCAUAUUUGAUGGCCUUUUCUGGUGCUAUGGCUCACACUGGAUGCAUGCUCAGACUGACCUUCUGUGAUGCCAACACCGUCAACCAUUACUUUUGCGACAUUCUCCCUCUGCUGCAGCUCUCCUGCACCAGCACCUAUGUCAAUGAGCUGGUGCUUUUUAUUGUGGGGGGCAUCCACAUUAUUUUGCCCAGUCUCAUCAUCUUUCUCUCUUAUGGUUUCAUUCUCUCCAGCAUCCUCCGCAUCAAUUCCACUGAGGGCAGGUCCAAAGCCUUCAGUACCUGCAGUUCCCACAUAAUUACUGUUUCUCUGUUCUUUGGAUCAGGUGCAUUCACGUAUCUCAGACCAUCUUCUGCAAGGUCUAUGAGUGAGGGAAAAAUCUCUUCUGUGUUUUACACCAGUGUGGUUCCUAUGAUGAACCCCUUAAUCUACAGCUUGAGAAACAAAGAUGUUAAACUUGCCCUGAGGAAAACUCUGAGGAUUAAAAGGUUUUGAUCAAAAACAGUAUCUCUCUGUGCAGAUA